CCGUAAGCGCAGACGUAGAAGUGGUUCGACAACCUGGCGAGUGAACUCUGUGUGAGGAAGACAAGUGUGAUAUGAAGUUAUGAUGGAGUUGUUCCGCUCUUUGGAUACCGACUGUAAGAACGGGGGACUCGAGCCGGACCAGGCCACGCGCUGAACUCCCACCAGGAACUAACGGGAUUUGUUUUUACUGCGUUUCUCUGAGGAAAGUAGAGCCGAGCAGGUUUGGAGAGCUCUUCCUGUUACAAAGUCGGCGGUCCCCAAGUUUGCUUUAUGUUUUGGUAAAGGCUGGCUAUUCGUGUGCUUCCCAUAAGACCGUGAGCAUGGAUAGUUUGGCGCAAUGGGAUGCGGGAUUUCCUGCGGAAGUGCCGCAAAGUUGCGGUGAGAUGCCGUUAUUGGAGUUUUGGGCUUAAUGCGAACUGGACAGCGCUGAAACUUGUCGUAAAACACUGGUUGGCUGGACUGAAUGCUCCUUUCCUGCUAUUCUUCUCCGCUUUUCAGCGCUUCCUGCUUGUGGUGGCCACUGCACUUAAUGGCUAAAAAUACAUAAAAACUCAAAAUGGACAGUUAAGUGUGGUGGGAACCUUUAUUACCAGUUGCAAUAGCAGUACCUGGGAGUGUUUCGCAGUAAGCGGAGUAGUUUUCAUUCGUCUUCUUACACUUUCCCUCUCUAAAAAAAACAAAACAAAGGCAGGACUCAACAGGUGGCAGUUUUGAAUGAGGGGGAAGAAGAGCUAAAUUAGCCAUAAUGAGGUGAUUCGAGAGGCCCUUAAAUACAGGCCGGUGAAAUGAUAUUGUGCUUAAACCAUGUGUUGGGAAACCACACACCACAUCACUUGAACAGAGAGAAUUUCAGUGGAAGCAGUGCUGUCUUUCUGAGCUUUGAAACACUUAGCCUUAAUCAAACAAAAGCAAUCUCUAGUGAAUCAUCCGAUGGAGAGACGAGUUUAAUGCGACGAUGAAUAAAAGACACUUGCGCUUCUGUUGUCUUUGACUGCUCUCCUCUAGCCCACUUGUUGGUCCAACUUUUGAACACAUUUCAUUAGUCCCUGAUGAGCCAACAAGAAAGACAGGAAAGGGAGCGAGGCGCAAUAAAGUACUCCUUUGUACUUUAUUUUCAAACCCUUGGGGUGCUAAAUCAGAUCCAGUCAAAACAUCUGCUUGAGGCUCCAUGGAGCCACUGAAGAAUAUAUUCAGCCGUGGCCCGCUGUCCAACUGGAAAAAUUUGGAACAAUCGCAAAAAGGGAACUUCACCAACCCUGUGUGGACAGCCUUAUUUGACUAUGAGGCAUCCUGUAAAGAUGAGCUCACCUUACGUAAAGGCGAUCUGGUGGAAGUCCUCUCUCUGGACUCGGAGAUAUCAGGGGAUGAGGGCUGGUGGGCGGGAAAGGUCAACAACAAGGUGGGUAUCUUCCCAUCCAACUACGGCUCCUUCAAGCCGAGUGGAUAUGGAAAACUUCCGGGCAGUGCCGUGGUGGAUGAGCUCGCUCCGGCUGUGGUGGGUGAGUUUGAACCUGAAGAGGUAGAUUUCCGGGAGUUGAGCCUGGAGGAGGUCAUUGGGGUCGGGGGAUUUGGAAAAGUGUAUCGUGGUACAUGGAGAGGAGAGCUGGUGGCGGUGAAGGCCGCUCGCCAAGACCCGGACGAGGACAUCAGUGUGACAGCGCAGAACGUGAGGCAGGAGGCCCGUCUGUUCUCCAUGCUCACCCACCCCAACAUCAUCGCCCUGCAGGGCGUGUGCCUGCAGGAGCCCAACAUGUGCCUCAUCAUGGAGUACGCCUCAGGUGGGCCGCUGAGCCGUGCUCUGGCAGGCCGUCGAAUACCGCCGCACGUCCUGGUCAACUGGGCUGUGCAGAUAGCCAGAGGGAUGUUGUAUCUGCACAGUGAAGCCAUCGUCCCUGUCAUCCACCGGGAUCUCAAGUCCAACAACAUUCUUCUGGCUGAGCCCAUAGAAAAUGAAUGUAUGGAGGGGUUGACGUUGAAGAUUACAGACUUUGGCCUGGCAAGAGAAUGGCACAAGACCACAAAGAUGAGCACCGCUGGCACCUAUGCCUGGAUGGCCCCGGAAGUCAUCAAGUCCUCCACGUUCUCCAAAGGCAGUGAUGUCUGGAGCUAUGGUGUUCUGCUGUGGGAGCUGCUAACAGGAGAGGCACCCUACAGAGGGAUCGAUGGACUCGCUGUCGCCUAUGGAGUCGCCGUCAACAAGCUCACCCUGCCCAUCCCUUCCACGUGCCCCGAACCUUUUGCGCAGCUCAUGUCAGAGUGCUGGGACCAGGACCCCCAUCGCAGACCCAAUUUCAGUUCCAUCCUGGCCCAGCUGAUGGCCUUGGAGCAGCAGGUGAAGGAAGAGAUGCCGCAGGAUUCGUUCCACUCCUUGCAGGAGGACUGGAAACUGGAGAUCCAGGACAUGUUUGAUGAACUCCGGGCUAAAGAGAAGGAGCUGCGAUGCCGUGAAGAGGAGCUAAAGCGAGCAGCUCUGGAGCAGAAAUCUCACGAAGAGUUCCUGCGGCAGCGUGAGCAACAGCUGGCCCAGUGGGAGCAGGAUGUGUUCGAGCGUGAGCUCAGCCUCCUCAUCCUCCACUUGAACCAGAACCAGGAGAAACCUAAUGUCAAGAAGAGGAAGGGCACCUUCAAAAAGCACAAACUCAAGUCCAAGAACGGCGAGAAGAUCAGCAUGCCCCAAGAUUUCAUACAUAAAAUUACGGUGCAGGCAUCCCCAGGCCUGGAGAAAAGGCGGAACUCUCCCGAUUUGGGUUCGGGCUCCUCACCUUCCUUUGGACCGCGGUUCCGCGCUAUCCAGUUACCCAGUGACAACAGCAGGACUUUCGGUCUCAGCCCAGUCCGGCCCUCCCUGGAUACCUCUUCUCAUAAACAAGUCAACGGAGACCUCAGGUUGAGCCCUCAUUGGAGGCCACAGAGCCCCAAAAGUCCCAAAAGUCCUAAAGUCCUGCGCCUUAGUCCCCAGGAAAGCAGCUUGUCGAUGAGAGCUAAGCUCCUGAAGGCAGACAGCAAUGAGAAUGGAGACUCCAAGGAUGACUUUGAGGAGUACCGACCCGUCACGCCAACCCCUACACCUGCUCAGAAUGGCUCAUCGGUGAAGGAUAGCCCGUGGCUUCCUCUGUCUCAAGGAGACUCGGGCAGUGAGGAAGGGAGUUCUUCCCCAGCUAGCUCUCCAAGGCCUGAGAGGGGGCCUCUCGGUGGCCUGAUUAACAGCACCCACCGAGCCCUGCUGGGCAGCGGCUCCCUGCUUGCCUCCAUAGGACUUGGUCGCUGCCUGGAUAUUCCCCCAAGAGUGCCACCUCGAACUCACCCACCUUGCUUAGAGGGCCGCAGCCUCUCUGAACUUGAGAUUUCUCAUCCUAGGCCCCUCAUUUCAGACCCUCCAGUAGUGGACGAUCUCAUCACCUUCUCCACCUCGGAGCCGCUCCCCAGACCCCUGUUGGAUUUAGCGCUGCAAUACCAAGAACUAAAGCCUUUACCCCUGACACCGCCUCCACCAAACCCCCGCGAGAGGAGCAGCCACCGGACGCCACACAGUCCGCAGAGUCCCAGCAGUGCCUCCAUGCAGCACGACAGGACCAGCCCAGGAGAGUGGACCCCCACUUACAGUUCCAGUAACGGGGAGCUGAGCAGUGACUCCUGGGAACACAGAGCUGACAGGAGGAGGAGGUCCAGCCAAGGCCUGCACGCUUCUCAGCUAGUUUUAGACCUGCCUUUGUGCCAAGACACACAGGACUUUGAUGACAAGGCUCUCCACCCCAACCCUGCGCUCUGGAGCCCCAAAACACGCCGCCUGGAGGUCAGCGUCAUUCCUCGGCCCCGCCCAUCUCCCAUCCGCCCCCGCAUCGACCCUUGGAGCUUUAUCUCAGCAGGUGGUGGAAACUCGGGUGGUGGGCGCAGCCCACACCGCUCAGAAAGCAACUUACUGAGCUAUCAGCCGUCACCCACCAACCCCUUCACCAACUGUGACCCUUUCCCCUCUCCUGACUGCGACCCCUUUGCCCUCAAGGCUGAUCCGUCAAGUGGUUCGGAUGGUGCCUCACCCUUUGACCCCUUCUCAGCUCCCUUUCCCACAUCGCGUUCUGCCCCAUGUUCUGCCAACGGCUCUCCCACGCUGCCCUCCUUCCGUAUAGCACCCAUUAACUCAGCUGACUCGGCCCUUAUUGACUUUGGCUGCGGGGCCUGCAACAAGCCUCUGGAUGGCACCAAAGAGAGGGCUCACCCCCGCAGGAUACUGGGGCUCAAGCCAUUCAAGUCCCCGACGCAACUCAAAGACGACAGGUUCUGAAUCCAGCCUUGCCCCAACAAGGGGUUUAUUCUCAAUGAUAUGAGCCUGGAAUUGAUUGCAGGAGCACAGUCCAGGACCGUUUCCACUACUAUGUCCUACUUCGGAACAAGGAUUCGGAUGUUAUAAAAAAACAUGCACACUCAUGACUCAACCUACCAAGGGAGGUUUUCCCCUUUGGGAGCACCAAUCAUCACAGGUCUUAUUUAUACACCAGCCUGCUGCUUUGGAAACCAGAAAGCCAGUGAAAGGUGGUACAAUGAAUUGUGGGAUAGCUGCCUGUGAACCAAUAGCUGGUGCCCAUUUCAUUCUCUCUCUUUUUUCCUCUGUUUCUCUAUCCCUUUGAAGGAGCAGGAUACAGAUCACUAGCCCCAUCUUCAGAUUCUAUCAGACUGCUCAUAUCAACUGCUUUCAUCUCCCCUUACCUUUGAAGCAUUGUGACAAUGCAGAGGUGGAUAAGGCGACUUGCACAGCUUCAUCUGCCUCUACCUCUCUGCAGACUGAACGCCUUCAGGACAAUGGAAAAUUGGAGUGCCUUAUUUCGUGAAGUGUUUUUAAUAUAUAUCUUUUCAAGGCUCUUUGAAUGGUUAAUCUGGUGCGUAGGGAAGAUGCUACGAAUCUGGCUUAAAUUUGCAAAUCAGCUUAGCAUUGCAGUGCAAGAAAAAUAUCGUCUGCAUGUAUGUCUAGACUCAUUGUUCAAGGAAAGCUUACUGUUUUUUUUUUUUUAAACUGCGUCUGCGUGUUGCAUUAUGGGAGAAAGCACUCUGAUUGGAUACUAGGUCGCUCAAGAAAUCCGAGAUGAAACCGUGACCCAGGCAUUCCACUUGGAAGCAGAUAACAUUCCAGUCACAUUCUGUGGGAAAUGCCAGGAAUUGGCAGAUUCAUUCAGGCUGGCAGGCGACACAGCACAGGAAACAAGACAGGGGUGCCCUCCGCAUUCCCGUCAUAUGCCAAAGAAUGCCGCUGUGACUGUGUAAGUCGACGAAGGCUGUUUGCAAAUGCAUUGUUUUUACCUCCUCAAAGUGCCAGAACAGAACAACACAGAGCAAACUGACACAAUCACACAGAGUAUUUGAACAUAUGGUUCUCAGAUUUUGUUAGAAAUACUGUCUAAUCACCGCCACCUAUAAGAGGUUCAACAAAGUACUUUAAAAGUGUUUUAAAGUACUUUACAAAAAAAGUCUGCUUAAUUUGUAGGCGUUAUCAGUCUCACAACCCAUGAUUCUGAGUUUCUUCAUGUACCAAAUUUUAAUGUCUGAGUAAAUAUGAGCCAGAUGCUUCAUUUUCCCCCCUCCCUAGAGAGUUACAUGUGAAGAUUGAAACCAUUCUUAUUAUCAUUCAUUCGCAAAGCAGAUUGCUUAACAUGGAACAAUAUGGAAAAGUUAGUCCAAGGAAAACAUUCCAGAGAUCUGUGAAGGCCACACAAAAAGCAUUUUCUGUUUUAUCCCUCUGCAGUGACGUCUGGUCACUCAGUGGUUGCUAACCUACCAGCUGAUGACUUAAGAAGUCAGUGCUCAUAGCCAAGAAAAUGUUACCCACGAAAGCACCUAUAAAAAUCACAACUUGGUGCUUUUCCAGUCGAAUUUAAUGCUGAUUGACACUUAAAGUUCUAGAUGGACUUGUUACCUUUGACAGGAGCAAUUUUGUUUUUGCUUAGUUUACCUGGCUUCAUGGAUUCCACACUGAAAUGAAAGUGCUACUGAUGUUCUCAUCUAACUCUCCAGAAUGUCUGCUAAAGUUUCUUGAUCGGCAAUGUCCAGUAUUCCCUGGCUCAGCAGAUGUUUUUAGCGUUGUGAGAACAGCAGCGUCCCUCCAAUUUAAUGGUUUUUGUUUUGGUAAAAAAAAAAAUAACAAAAAAAAAAAUAACAGGAAUACAGGGAGAACCUCACUGUACAGAUGUGGCAACAUCAUGUUUUUAGCCUCAGCACACCAGAAUGCACUACAGCAAUAACUUUCUUAUGGUUCAUUAUCAUUACAUUACAUUCUACACCUAUCAGCCACAACAUUAAAGCCUCAGAGGGGGAAAGUGAAUAAGACUGACAAUAUUUUUAAAUUGCUAUUUUCUGCUGUAAAAUGUGUGGAUUUUUUUGACACGUAUCACCUGCCUUAGCAUUGUUUCAGACCAAGAACCCUCUUCUCAAAAAUCUAAGGCUCUGAUUUGGUCUUCAAACUCGGAUCAAAACCCACGUUAGCAAAAUGGACCGCAACAAUCCUGAACAACCCACCAGCCCCAAACGAUCCACUGCUAACUUCCCAGCGCAUGCAAACGUGCAUGUUUCUGCAUGCACUCUUGAAAGCAAUCGGAAGCACUACCCAGUAUUAGGUGGUUUUAAUGUUGUGGUAUAUAAGUGUACAUGCUAAAUGUAACAUGUUCACACUUUCUCAGGGAUUAGUUUAUUUUCUAAAAUCAUCCCGAGGAAUGUAGUGGUGUGAGACAGGUUGUGGGAAAAUUGCAGCAACAAAAUAACUCCAGACUACCAAUGCACAACAGCUUUUGAGGGUGUGUUUUUGCUUUUUUUAAAUUGACAGUCAGCUCAAGCACUGGUUCAACGUAACUAAACCAGUGCAGGUGAAGCACCUGAGAGACCCACCUACCUAGCACAAACUCUGAGCCUGUUAACGAUGGCUUUACUCUAACAUUUCAAGUACAAAUGCUGAUUCGCUCCAUCGCUGUCACCGUGUCAUUGGAGGACAAUAACAGCUUUGUUCUGUCGAAGAGUGAAAACCUUGUCUCCAAAGGGAAAAGCUUUGUGAUUAGCCUAAUAAUCCCACUGACGUACAGAGGAAGCUGAUAGUGAUAAUUAGCCUCUCGAUAAGAGCAGGGAGCAUAACAAAGCGCUGAGAUAUUUGGUUAAUUAAUUUGCCCCGACAUUAGAAAAAUGCCCCGCAUAUCGAGUUGCGCCCCGCUCCGGCUUAUGUGUAGAUUUAAGCUGCGCACUAUCACAUGCAUAAAGUUUCAACGACAGGUUGAGCCGCCUUUUCUGUCUUCCAUUUCUUUGUCUCUCUGUUGCCACUGGCUACAGCUCCUGACCGGACUUCAUCUUCGCUGUCAAAGCUCAAUUUUUUAUUUUUUGCAUCUUAACCCCUGAGGUGAUUUGGGAGAUAGUUCUGCUCCUUUCAUUUUGUUCUGCCUUCACUGCUUUCGUAUCUGGAAAGUUUUUCUUGCGGGCAGUUUUGUCCUGACAGCAGAGCGUUCAGUUCAGUCACAGCCAGGUUUCUAUGCAGCUAGAAGAGAUGGCAUUUGUUCUAGGACAGAGUCCAUUUGCAGGAGAGUGCUCAUUUUACCAAGGCAUUAUGGUUUGAAAUUGAAAGGUGUAUUGUCUUCUUCUUUGGCCCAAUAACGUGUACGUGUGUUCUCUACUGUGUAUACCAGCUAUAGCCAGCUUGUAAAGAUCUCAUUUUUAAUUCUUUGAAUGAGCUAGCUGCUAACGUGUGGGUGUCUUCUAUACUAUAUUUGAUAGCAGAUUUUUUAGAUUGAGUGAACAGCCUCCUGUCACAGAGAUGUGGCAAAAUGCACAAGUGCACAUUUUAACUCUUCUGCGAUUUGAAAUUAGAUGGAGGUAGUCAUAUCAGGAAUUUUAAAAAAGGAAAAAGGGAAAUAAGACCUAGUUCAGAACGCUGUCUACUGUCACGCCUCCGCACAUCUGGCAACUGCUGCGGAAAGUGGGCGUAAAUGUCAAAUUGUCUGAUUAGGAAAUAAAAAGAAAAUAGUCUUACCAACCCAUUGGAUUAUGAAUCUGUUAAGAAGGAUACGAGUGCUGUUAGACAAGGUGACAAAGGCUUCUUUUAAAUCCUUGAGCCUGAUUUUAACGAGGCUGCAGUUUGUCAUGUAGAUGACUGUGUAGUUGGUAUGUACCUGGAGGGUUACAAAGUUCCACUGCAGUGAACACUCGAGUAAAAGCGAUUACAUACAGACCGCCACCAUUCCAAAUCUGACAUGUUUACCCAAGCAGUGUUUGACAGCGUGCUUGUCGUGAUGUCAACCUGUUCUCCAAUUGAACAACUCACCUGCCACCACCUGGACGUGGACAUGAGUAUAGAAAAUAGUUUAUCCUUCGGCAGCGUUCCCCACCUUUCUCCGCUCUCUUGUCCUCCCCACCGACAUUUUAAAGACAUGACAAGUGACGAGUUAUUGCCUUGUCUGUUCACGUCGACACGCAAAGUCACGACAGCUAUCUUCUGAUAGUCAUUACACUUGGGUAGCUGUUAUUGUCAACAGAUGCUCUGCGAGCCCCCGCAGUAUAAAAAAAAAGAAAAACAUGAAGGAAAUCGAGAUGAUUGAAACGUCUGGCAGGUUAUUUCUGUCAUAAAUUGUCCGUGUGUGAAGUAUCCACUUCAACCUGCCAGUCACGUCAUGUCUGCACGUUGUCUGGGAGCCAGACUUUAAUUUUCUCUCAGCCCCGAUGAUGACAAGAACAAUUUGGCCUUCUCCAUCAAGUGUGUGUGUGUGUGUGUACAGUGACAUAAAAUAUUAUUUUCAAUAACUGCAGUGCUUUACACAAAUGAUUACAUUAUUACCUGGGACACAAUGUUUUUACUCCUGCUCGUAAUUUCUCGAGGUGGUUAGAAGCCUUUCUGGUAAUGAAUUAUUUAGGCUGCAAUUGGAUUGUUAUUCAUAGACAAAAUACUCCUACUUCAGUUCGUAAUGUGUAAUCUGAAAGAUGUACAGUCAGCUCGCUGAGGGGAUAAAAGGGACACAUUUUAGGAAGCCUUUUGUGGACAAAGACAUCCGAUUCUCGGUUUUGGCUGUCAGAUUUAGAAACCAGAGCUGCCAUUUAUCUGCAGGAGCUGACAGCCAGCACUCCAAUACUAAAGUCUUGAUGAGUUGAUUGUGAUGCUCUGCGCUUUCAGGCAUCGCCCCAUCCGUCAUUGCAAAUCACUGCCCCGAGUACAAACUGACAGGGAGAAAGGAACUGAAAUCUCUAAAGGCGAGCCCUAUAUCUGGCCACCAGUGAGCUGCUUUGAGCCGCUCGGUGGCAGCGAGCAGACGAGAGUCUAUGAUCUUCAUUCAGAGUUCAAGCUCAGACCAUUACCCCUAAUCAUUGAAUGGCAACUGGCUAUUACAUGAAUGAAAUCUAAUGAGAUGGCACCGUGGAGAACCCCUAAGGCCCUGACCCUCAUCAAGCCAAGAGGCCACCUGUGAGUGGUGGUGUUGUUUUAAAAUUUUAAAGGUGAAAAAUCAGAGCCAUUAACCAGAUUAAAAAAAGAAAACAAAACCCUUUGUGAAAGAGGAACAGUAGAAUGUGCUGUUUUUGUGUUUGUUCAGGUUACACUUGCACUCACAGGUUUAAUUUGGCUGCUUUGUGAGCAGCAGAUGUGUUUACAUGCAUACUUAUUAUCUGAUUUACCUUGAUUAAACCAUUGAUUCAGCUGUAGCAGUAAUCAUGCAAAGACUUCCAUGGGACUAAUGCUAUUCAGGGAGACCGAGACACCUGUAAUAGCUUUAUAAAUAAUAGUGCCAGGUGCUUAUGAACCUGCUAUAUUUGUCAUCUUUAAGGCAAAAUUAGGAAACCAGAAAAUCCCUAAAUUAGUUAUAGUCAAAUAUAUUGUGCAAGAGGUUAUAAAGUAAAAACGUAAAACCACUAAAAAGCACUUGAUAAAAUGAUCUGGCAAACCUUAACAUAUUGCAGAAAUGACAGAAGUGAUUAAACUCGAGUUUGAAAAGAAAUAAAAGUGCUUUUUUGUGUUUGUUGCUCCUGCUCAGCUCGGAAAAAACAAAAAGCUGCCAACAAAACAAAAACAUUCAGCUGCUGAAAUGAUUAAUUUCUGAAUGUAAGUUAUUUUACUUUUUAAUUUUCAAUAGUUUUAUCUGCUCAGUCUUCAUUUUGAUAAGACUGUGAGCUCAGCUAGGUGGAGCCUGAUAACACAGAUGGUUAAACAAACUAAAUAGCAGCCUAUUUAGCCGUCAGUAGCUAAUAGCUAACGCUAACCUUUGGCAUGAAGCAAAUCACCCAAGCAGUCUGCAGAAUAAACUCUCUUUUUUGGUCACUCUUUAGGACAUAUUAACUGAUAUUGUCUUUACUUGUGUUCCUUCCUUUUGUCUUUUUAUGACUAGUGUGUGACAGUGAGGGAAAUGCUGAGUGUUAUUAAUGCACUUUGUUCUAGUUAAAGUAAGAAAGCUAAAUGGGGAAUAUGGGAGCUUUGUUUUGUUUUGUUUUCUGGCAUGAAAAAGAAACUCAUUUAACAGUCUGAAGGCUUGAAUUGAAAUGAUUACGUACAGUGGCAGGGAACACUGUUCGACUUGAAGAAAGUCAGGAAGUCCAGUGAAGAAUUGCUGCAGCUGCGGUUAAAGUAUGUUUUCUCUCCUUCAUGGUUACCAGGCAAAUUGGAGAAUGGUUCAAUAAGGCCGGAUGGAAAAAAACUAAGGCUGAACGUGUGUUGUAUUUGCUUUAUUGAUGAAAUUUUACCUUGGCAGGUCAGUAGAGCACAUUCUGAAACAACAAAAUAGAUGGCCUGCCAUUUCAGCGGCUUUCACUCCAUUUACCUUUGCUGCUUUUGCUUGUUUGUGUUCAAUUAAGUGGAUGUUACAAAUAUGCCUGGUUUUCACCCUUGUUUAGUUGUCCCCCAGCUAGCUGUCAGCGACAGACACGCAUUAUUGCUCGAUCUGGCUCGUAUUAAAUCGAAACACCUGCCCGGGCCUUUGUUUGGCCUUAAUAGGCCGAGACAGAAUGAUCAAAUAUGACCUUUCAUCGACUGUACUGGUGUGGCACAUCCCAAUAGGGAUGGGAACAAAAGCUGUGUCUGUGACAGGCGCCGCCAGGUGUGUAAGCUAAUGCUCAGGCUCUGAAACUGUGAAUAUUAUUCCUAAUUCUUUUUAGCCUGUGCAUCCAAGGUCACCAUCUGCUGUCCCUUUUUCAGUAACAA